AUGGUCUCGUUCAAAUCCCUUCUCGUUGCCGUCUCGGCACUCACUGGGGCACUUGCACGCCCCUUUGACUUCCUCGAUGAGCGUGAUGACGGUAACGCCACCUCCGUCCUCGAAGCUCGCCAAGUCACUGGCAACAGUGAAGGUUACCACAACGGCUACUUCUACUCUUGGUGGUCUGAUGGUGGUGGUUAUGCUCAGUACCGUAUGGGCGAGGGCAGCCACUACCAAGUUGACUGGCGCAACACUGGCAACUUUGUGGGUGGAAAGGGAUGGAACCCUGGUACUGGCCGGCAAGUCUUUAAAUUUUGGGCUUUAAUAGAUCGUCCUACUAACAAUAUACGCAGAACCAUCAACUACGGAGGUUCCUUCAGCCCUCAGGGUAACGGAUACCUUUGCGUUUACGGCUGGACUCGCGGACCUCUCGUCGAGUACUACGUCAUUGAGAGCUACGGCUCUUACAACCCCGGUAGCCAGGCUCAGCACCGAGGUACUGUCUACACCGACGGUGAUACCUACGAUCUCUACAUGUCCACCCGUUACCAGCAGCCUUCUAUCGACGGUGUUCAGACUUUCAACCAGUACUGGUCCAUCCGCCGCAACAAGCGCACCAGCGGCUCCGUCAACAUGCAGAACCACUUCAAUGCUUGGAGAUCGGCUGGCAUGAACCUCGGAAACCACUACUACCAGAUCUUGGCUACUGAGGGUUACCAGAGCAGUGGCUCGUCCUCCAUCUAUGUCCAGACCCAGUAA